AUGGUCGCUACUAUUACGCCUAGUGCGACAUCUGCGCUUCUUGAAGAUCCCUCCCUCGUCACAGAGUCGCUUUCACAGCUCACACCUCUGGAAAAGUUCGUCUUGAGGCUUCUCACUGGAGAAGGAGACAUUGCCCAGGCUAUUCGGCGGUACCGCGCCUCGGACGAAGGUGCCAAAGCUGGAAAAAACGAUGUCUCCCGCUUCAGUUUCGCAAUGGUGCGAGAGGGGCAGAUCGCCAUAGAGGAUGGGCGAAAUAGCUGGAUACUUGUCCUCUGGGUCAAAUGCUGGGGUCUCCCCUCAUACAUCUCUCAAGAGUCGGAUUUAUCUCUGGGAGAGGUGAACUUGUCUCAGCGCCGGCUGUUUGACAUCUCACGAGCGUCAUUCCUCUUGUCUCUCGGGUCUGAAGCGGUCACAAAUGAUCACUUUCACAAAUUUAUCACGUUCCUAUCAUACGACCUGAACGGCAUCUUAUACCGGCACUCUCUCCUUAUCCAACGUCUCUGGCUUGAGAGCUUUGAGACAGAGAUCUUGCCUGCCUCUCACACUCCUGUCGACGGCUUUACUUCUGCCUUACCCGAGCUUUCGGAACACAUAAUCAAGCAUCAUGUCCCCCCGAUCGUACCCUACAAGCCUAUUACCUCUACGCCUUCUUUACCCCAAUUGAAUGAGAUUCUACCUCCAACCAAACCCCGCCUCACAAAGCUGGUCAUCGACAAGACGUUCGCCUCCACCAGUCCUGUCCCCUCAACUCCCACUAUGAACGUCGCUCGCACCCCUGUCACAGAAGCUCCCACAAUCAGUUUAUCCUCUCCUGCUCUCACCUCUCAUUAUGUCACACCCAUGGCCACGCCCCACUAUGUUCCACGUGGUGUGCUCGCUUCCAACCCCUGGCGAUCCAUCUUCAGCUGGCUCAAGUGCAUGCUCCGAGGUUUUGCCUUUCUGUGCCAAUCGCCCGAGCCCACCCGUAUCCUUGCGGAGACUAUCCCAGAACUGGAGAGAGAAAUGUCGCAGAUCAGCUACUGGCUGGAAGGAGGAGCCGGGCCUCAGGUCAUGGUGAUGGCUCUGUACUAUGGUACCCGGGUCGAAAAGGCUCCUGCUGGUGUAUCGAAUCUCAAAGUCCCCCAGCUAUCCCAACACACGACCCACGCCAACAGAUCGAUCCAAUCAGUCCUCGAGCUCGACAUGUCUCCCAGCGACCUCGUAUCUCCUACCACCGACACUGCCCUGGCUGCGAUGACCAGCGUCUUUGAUAUCUUGGUGACGAGUAGUAUAGGGUCCGAUUCUGCUCAGCUGGCAGGCGACAUGUUUGCCUACCAAGAGACGCAGAGCGACUCCCCACUUGGUCGACUCAAGCACGCUUCAUCCGGCAAGAAGGAGCCUCAAGAUGCCUUCGGUACCCCGCCACCCACGCAGUCAACCAGUAGCAACUAUCAAUCCUCUAUCCAUAUCCCAGAACCCUUCCAUCAAGCCCCUACUACCCCAACACCUAUCCGCAACCGCCCAAGCCCACGCCAUGUCGCUUCUAACAAACAGCUACACUCCCACUCCAAAGCGGCGUCGCCCAGAAAGAAGACGUCUCAGAUGUUCAAGGAGACUAUGGAUCUUGUGCGUGGCAAAGUGCCGCAGAUGAAGAAAAAGUCGUCCAAGUCGUGGUGA